AUGGAGAUGAUCAACUUGCAGCGCAGCGACGAAGAGCUACCCUGUGUAUAUGAGACCGUGGCUGUUGACUGCUACCUGUUCUCUUGUUAUAAUGACUCUGAAUUUCUGAUCUGGAAUGGGCCCAGUAUUCUAUCUCCGCUUAUGUAUUCCGAGGAUAUCUUUUGUUAUGCCUCUGCUAUUCUGUCCUACCGUGUUGAUUGGUUAGAAAUGCACUUUACGGUCGUCCACAAGUAUAUGUUUGAAUGGGUUACUAUCUUGCUAUUCUUCUUUCCGCGCGUGGAGUGCACCCUCGGCAACCUCAGACAGUUUUGUAAUCAGAUUUGGGAAGUAUUCCGUCUGUACAUACGGACCAUUGAUCACGCAGAUUAUCAAUUUCAAAUGUUCAUGUGGCUAAGGGGUGAGCGGGAGCCGAAUAUUACAGGAAUAUUAGGAAUUUUAUCAGGGUCAAAUACUAUUAAUCUUGAAAGAAUCCUGGAUCCAGAGUAUUUUGUUGAAAAUAUCUCUUGCGGCUUCUAG